GCAGAUUAUUGGUCUGGCAACGCUAGCACAAUUAUUUCUUUUUGUCGUUGUUUGGCAGCGUAGUGUGCGCGUCGCUUCGAAAAAAUGGCUAAGAAAAAGGUGAUUUCGAAGAAAAAUGAGCAUGGAAAGCCCGGACAGGAACCGCAGAAGGAGCAGAGACGUGGCGUCAUCUACAUCAAACACAUCCCGCACGGGUUUUACGAAGAAGAAAUGAAGAAGUAUUUCUCACAGUUCGGUACGGUAACUAACCUGAGGCUAUCACGAAGUGGGAAGACUGGUGGCAGCCGUGGCUAUGCAUUUGUUGAGUUUCUGUCUGAAGAUGUUGCCAAGAUUGUUGCUGACACCAUGGAUGGUUAUCUCUUCUUCAACAAGAUAAUGAAAUGCAGCGUGGUACCUAGGGAGCAUGUGCACGAGGGCCUGUUCCGGCACUUUCGCUACCCGUUCCCACUGCGCAAGGAGGUGGUGCGCACCGUCCACAACCGCCGUCGCACGGCUGAAUCCGAGAAGCGCAGUGCCCAUCGCCGCUUGGCUACUUUGGAGCGGACUAGGGCUCAGCUGCGCAAGAUGGGAGUCCGCUGUGACUUUGUCCCUGAGGUUCCCACUGAGCUCUUAGAGCCACUGGACUCCAAGGACACAAGCAAAGCUAGUGUGACCACUGACUCAGGUUUGCCAUCCUUUGUGGUCGACUCGAGCGAUGACAGCAUCACCUUCAAGACUCCACCUGGCACACGCAAGAAACGCAAGGUAAAGCACAGCAAACCAGCCACUACCCUUGUGGAUGUGACGCCUGGCAGGCAGGCUACGUCACCCAAGAAGUCUGCCAAGCUGCUCACCUCGCCAGGAUCCACGACGCGGCGUCGGGGUCCCAUUGUUUCCACCCCUCAGGCUGUCUCUCCCAAGGUUGGGUUGACAAAGGCUCCCGUACUGAAGACGACACCAGUCUCAAAAAGAAAACGCAAAGCCACGACUGCCAAGACAUAAAUACUUUCCUUUCUAGGAAGCAGCUGUCUAAACUUAAAAGGAUUAGUAAAAAAGGAAGAAAAAAGUGAAAGAUUCUAACUUCUAAUCCUAGUUGUGGUUGAUUCAUUAUAGUAUCAUAAAGAGAUAAUUCUUGGACCCAUCACCAUGUGCCAAGAAAAUGGGACAUCUUUUUAAGUCUUUUACAAUCUAUUCUUGCCUAAAUAAGGCCACUUAGUUCUUGGUUAUUAAUUUUUUGAACAUGGCCCGUAUACAAGUAAAAGGCAGUAUGUUUGUCUGUUUUGAAAAGCAGAUGUGCUUGCCUCCGUAUGCAACAACCUUGAAAAGCACUUACUUUAGCUGCAUUUCCUACCUCAUUCGUUGUCACUGGCAAAUAGCUGCAAAGCUAAAGCAUCGAGAGUCUGGUUCAUAGCAACCAGACUGUUUAUAGGUGAAGCUGACCUCGGAUAUAGGCUUGUCACACUGCAUGUAAGGCACUAGCUAACACUUCCAGGCCUAAUUAUGUACACAUACACAAAUACCCAGAAAAGUUAAAUGGAUGACGGUUGCUGGGGUAGCAUAAUGGUAAAGCGCUAGACGUAUAAUGCUGUAGAUGUGGGUUGAGCUUUCACCUGCAGCAAGUUGUCGUUUCAUCUGCUUACAUUACCCUUUUCCUUACUAUUUCUGCAUUUCCAUUAAAACAAAAACAGUUCAUUUCUCGUA